UAAGUUGAUUCAAGACGUCAGAAGAAUUAAUAAUCGAAUUCUGAAAUUACAUCGAUUCGAAAUUUGAAUCUCAACCCGUGAUACGUGACAGAAGGAUGUCAGUUUUCUAAAUGACUGAUCGGAUUUAUCUCCGUCAAACUCAACGAUCGUGAAGCUUUCGGUACUAAACUCAACAGUAAAAGAAAUGGAGCAACAAGAGGAAAACUCCAGCAGGUUGGUGCUUGUGUUGUACCCAUUUCAAGGCCAUAUAAACCCCAUGCUCCAGCUAGCCACUAUCCUUCAUGGAAAAGGCUACUCAAUCACCAUAGUUCACCCUGAGUUCAACUCUCCUAACCCUUCAAACCAACCUCAAUUCACCUUCAUAUCCAUUCCAGAUAAGCUACUUGAGUCCAAAGUCUCACUUUUACCGGAGGAUUUUAUGAGUCUGGUUUUGGCUCUCAACAAGAACUGUGCAGCACCGUUUAAGAAAUGCUUGAAACAAAUGUUGGACGAGAAGCAUCCCCAUGAAUGUAUUGCUGGUAUCAUUUAUGAUGCUCUCAUGUACUUCGCUCAAACUGUUGCUGAUGAUCUUGGUUUUCCAGGAAUUAGUAUGCGUCCCACUGCUGCAGCAAUGUUACUCUUUGCUGUCAUUCCUCACCCUGAUCACGAAUCUGUCUUUGAAAACCAAAUACCGGAGCUUCAACCCCUCCAGCUUAAGAAAAUGGUUACAUCUAUGUCACAAAAUCCAACAGACGCCAUGUCAGAGGUGAGAGCUGCAGCAUUAAAUGCAACGAAGAGAUCAUCGGCUAUGAUCGAGAACACAAUGGAAUUCCUUGAACACGCAGCACUGUCAAAGAUCAAAGAAUACUCGCCUGCUCCAGUUUUCACAAUUGGCCCCUUUCACAAACUAGCUCCAUCCAUUUCCAGCUCAUUACUGAAGGAAGAUGCUCACUGUAUUUCUUGGCUUGACAAACAAACCCCGAAAUCUGUUAUCUAUGUCAGCUUUGGAAGCAUGGCCAGCUUGAGUGAGCAAAACAUUGUUGAGAUAGCUUGGGGCUUGGCCAACAGUGAGCAGCCAUUUUUGUGGGUGAUUAGGCCUGGUUUGAUACCUGGCUCAGAAGGGACCGAGUUAUUGCCAAAAGGUUUUCAAGAGAAAGUUGGAGAAAGAGGUUGCAUUGUUAAAUGGACACCUCAAAAGGAGGUGUUAGCGCAUGUUGCAGUGGGUGGAUUUUGGACUCACUGUGGAUGGAAUUCUACACUUGAGAGUGUCUCCGAAGGGGUUCCAAUGUUAUGCAGGCCUUAUUUUGGGGACCAAGUUCUUAACAUGAGGUACAUCUGUUAUGUGUGGAAAAUAGGCCUGGAAUUGGAGAAUGAGUUGGAGAGAGGGAAGAUAGAAGGAGCUAUAAAAAAGCUAAUGCUGGAUGCAGAAGGAGAGGAGAUUAGAAAUAAAGCUAUGGAAUUGAAAGAGAAAACGGAAGAUUGUCUGAAAGAGGAGGGCUCUUCAUGCAGGUCCUUGAAUGAGUUAACAAAGCUAGUUUGAUUGCAUAAUGAUCAUCUGAUGGAGAUAUUCCACAAAUCAAUUACAUUCCCUUGAUAUGAAGGCUAGUAUUCUUUGGCCAAAAAGAAACAGAAAGUAUUUAGUGGAAUGUUCUUAAGUUUAAGAUAUAAUCAACUUUUACUUUGAAAGUGGGGAUGUUCUUUUAUUAAAACACAUGAAAAUUAAAAUCAGAUAUCAUCAGUAUGAUUAAACCCAUGAAACUAAGAUCAUUGUACUUGCUAGUUUAUGGUAGUAUGGCACCUGUAUUUGAAAGGGUUGGAAA